AUGAGGCUUCGCGCAGCGGAAGCUUCUCUCAAGCACUUGAAUCCCGUGAAACGCCUGACGACUUCACCCACAGCAGCCGAAUUCGAGCUCACUUGUCGAGGGUUCCAGUCGCAGCCAGUAGUGAUGCCGGCGGACUGGUUACCACCGUGGACGAAGAUCCUCCAGUCUCCGAGUGUUACGGAGGGACUAAAAGGUCUUCUCGGCGAUGAAGUAGAGCCAGGUUGA